GUGGCAAGCCUGAAAGUUAGACGUCUUAACAAUAACAAACUUGUCAGGGUUUAGCCAGCUUCUCGGGGGAUUUCGCGGUAGCCGCGAUAUUUUGGUCUAAUUUUGGGCCCCCGUUAGCGGCAAAAUGGGCGGGCACUACUGUUCCGUAGUGGAUUGCCACGUGAGUCAAAGGAACAAGCCCGUCAAUGUCAAGUUAUACCGAUUCCCAAUACAAGAGGACCGCAGAAAGCAAUGGCUGAGAGCGCUCAAACGGUUAAGGCCAGAUAGGACACCUUGGCAACCUGGACAGAGUGCUAGAAUCUGCUCGCUUCACUUCCAAGAUAAUGAAAAGAGUGACGAUCCAGCCAGUCCAAGUUAUAUACCCACAAUUUUCCCCACUCAUCGGAUUCGGAUCUCUCGAGCAGCCCCGGAGAGGUUUAAGCGGUUGCAAAAUCGAAAAAAAGCCCAGGCACAACGGCUUCAAAGGCUGAAAGACGCCAAACUGAAGGCUGAGCUCUUGCGAAAGGCUGAAGAAGCAGAAAAAACCGAUUCCUGUGAUGAAGAUAACGAACUCCAUCGUGACACUAUUUUCCUUGAGCGAGGUGUACAAACAAACAAAGCCCUCUAUAAAGAUGUGGUAGACCAUUUUGAGUGGUUGUACGAAUGUUUUUCCGUAUCACCCAAAAAGUCGGAUGCAGCCACCCAAGCCCGCAUUACAUUACAGCUGAACGAGAUGGUGUCACAUGAUGCCAGUGAUGCGGCUCAAGCACCCAAAGAACAGCCUCAGAUCACCACGCUAUUCGAUUCCUCUGACGAGGAAUUCCAAAUAAUGACGGGAAUGCCUCCUAAUGUGUUUGACUUCAUUCUCAAUCUCCUGGGAUCUGCCAUCGCAGAUUCUCGAGGAUUUUCGAGAAGAAAUAAGCUGGCAUCAGUAUUUGUUAAGCUCAAACUCAACCUUUCUUACGGAGUGAUCGGGCCUCUGUUUAAUGUUUCACGUCAAUUGGCCAGUCGGAAUUUCACUCAGAUUGUGCCAACAUUGAGUAACAGUUUGAGUGAUUUCAUCACCUGGUUUGACCGGGACACCAUUAAGGAGCAAAUGCCAUCUUCGUUCACAGGCCUCUAUGCGGACUCGAGGGCAAUUAUUGAUACUUUCGAGAUUAAAUGUGAGCGACCCAAAAAUUCAAAUAAUGAGGCUCAGACCUUUUCCAGUAGCAAAAGUAGCUUCAGUGUCAAGUUCCUGAUUGCCUGUGCUCCAUCUGGUGAAGUGAUGUUCAUUUCGAAAGCAUAUGGAGGACCAUCCACGAACACUGAGCUCACCGUCACGAGUGAAUUUGUAAAGCAUGUGAAGAAAGAUGAUAUCAUUCUUGCCAAUGAGGGUUUUUCACAUUUUGAAGCUGCAAUUUCCGAGGUUGGAGGGACUCUUUUCAAUCUUCCGGUCAAGCCCAAUGAAGAGCAGUUAUCCUCAGCUGAAAAUGAUAAUUGUGCCUGUGUAGUUGAACGUUGCAUUGAACGGUUGAACCGCUUUCAAAUUCUCGAGUUUUUGCCGCGAAAUAUUUUGCAAUAUGUUGACGAUAUAUUGAUUAUCAUUGCGGGAGUGUCUAACCUUCUCCCAGAUCACGUCGGUCAAAACCGCUGUCCACAAUCCAAUAAUGAGGAACUUGAAGGAGAAGAGAACGAAGGAGACCAAUUAGAUUUGAAGACACCAAUGAUAGAUGAUAUCCCCUUGCAUUGAGGCCUCAGGGAACCUUUACUUGCAUACAACCUAUUAAAAAGAAAUUGAAGAACA